GGGGGGAGGCCGCACGGACAGACCGACGGGCCGGCCGACGGAUGGGCAUGUGAGACGUCCGGCUCCUGCGCGGGCGCGAGGGCCUCCGGCCGCAGCCAUGGAGCGGCGGCUGCGCGCGCUGGAGCGCCUGGCGCGGAGCGAGGCCGGCGGCCCGGGACUCGACGGCCUCCUCGAUCUGCUCCUGGGACUGUACCACGAACUCAGCAGUGCCCCUCUGCGGCGGGAGCGCAACGUGGCGCAGUUCCUGAGCUGGGCCAGUCCCUUCGUGGAGCAGGUGAAGGAGCUGCGCCUACAGAGGGAUGACUUUGAGAUCCUGAAGGUGAUCGGACGAGGGGCCUUUGGCGAGGUCGCCGUGGUGAGGCAGAGGGACACGGGGCAGAUUUUUGCAAUGAAGAUGCUGCACAAGUGGGAGAUGCUGAAGAGAGCUGAGACAGCCUGCUUCCGGGAGGAGCGAGAUGUGUUGGUGAAGGGGGAUGGCCACUGGGUGACCACUCUGCAUUACGCCUUCCAGGAUGAGGAGUACCUGUACCUGGUCAUGGACUACUACGCGGGCGGGGACCUGCUCACCCUGCUCAGCCGCUUUGAGGACCGCCUGCCACCCGAGCUGGCGCAGUUCUACCUGGCUGAGAUGGUACUCGCCAUCCACUCGCUGCACCAGCUGGGUUACGUGCAUAGGGACGUGAAGCCGGACAAUGUCCUGCUGGACAUGAACGGGCACAUCCGCCUGGCUGACUUCGGCUCCUGCCUGCGGCUCAAUAACCGCGGCAUGGUGGACUCAUCGGUGGCAGUGGGCACGCCGGACUACAUUUCCCCCGAGAUCCUGCAGGCCAUGGAGGAGGGCAAAGGUCACUACGGGCCGCAGUGUGACUGGUGGUCGCUAGGAGUGUGUGCCUAUGAGCUGCUGUUUGGGGAGACACCCUUCUACGCUGAGUCCUUAGUGGAGACCUAUGGCAAGAUCAUGAACCACGAGGAUCACUUGCAGUUUCCUCCUGAUGUGCCCGACGUGCCCGCCAGUGCCCAGGACCUGAUCCGCCAACUGCUGUGCCGCCAGGAGGAGCGGCUGGGCCGUGGUGGGCUGGAUGACUUCCGGAACCACCCCUUCUUCGAAGGUGUAGACUGGGAGCGGCUAGCCACCAGCACCGCCCCCUACGUCCCCGAGCUGCGGGGACCCCUGGACACCUCCAACUUUGAUGUGGAUGAUGACACCCUUAACCACCCAGGGACUCUGCCACCACCCACCCAUGGGGCCUUCUCGGGCCAUCACCUGCCAUUCGUGGGCUUUACCUACACCUCAGGCAGUGCUGAGAGAAAUCCUGAGCCAGCGGCUGCUGCGGGGCCGGAGGUCAAGCUGAGCUGGAAGCACGCAGAGUCAUCGAGGAACAGCAAAGCCCCCUUGGUCCAGCCCGACGGGCCCCCAGCCAGCGGCCCAGGCCAGGACAGUGAGCUGCAGCAGGAACUGGCCGACGCACGGGCGGCACUGCACGCUCAAGCGCAGGAGCUGUGCAGGGCCCAUGGCCGGCAGGAGGAGCUGCUCCGGAGGCUACAGGAGGCCCAGGAAAAUGAGGCAGCUACUGCUAGCCGGGCACAGGCCCUGAGCUGCCAGCUGGAGGAAGCCCAGGGUGUCCGGCGAGAGCUGGAGGCACAGGUGGCCACCCUGAACCUGGAGGUGACACAGCUCCGGGGGCAGCACGAGCAGAACCGGGACAAGGACACCUCCCGGGCCGAGCCUGUGCACAGGGCUUCUGAGACCAACAGCACAGCACCACCCAAGGGGCACCCACAGGAGGCCUGGCUGCUGCGGGAGGAGGUGUCCGCCCUACGGGAGCAGCUGGAGCAGGCCCACAGCCUGGGGCCUGGCGGGAAGGAGGAGGCGCUGUGCCGGCUGCAGGAGGAGAAUGCGCGGCUGAGUCGGGAGCAGGAGCGGCUGACGGAGGAACUGGAGCAGCUGCAGCAGAGCAAACGGCGGCUGGAGGGCGAAAGGCGGGAGACGGAGAGCAACUGGGAGGCCCAGAUCGCUGACAUCCUCACCUGGGUGAACGAUGAGAAGGUGUCCAGGGGCUACCUGCAGGCGCUGGCCACCAAGAUGUCCGAGGAGCUGGAGUCCUUGGGGAGCAUGGGCGCCCAGACACCCCCCACACGGCCGCUGGACCACCAGUGGAAGGCAAGGCGGCUGCAGAAGAUGGAGGCCUCGGCCCGGCUGGAGCUCCAGUCUGCACUGGAGGCUGAAAUCCGUGCCAAGCAGGCCCUGCAGGAGCGGCUGACCCAAGCACAGGAGGCCCAGCUGCAAGCUGAGCGGCGUCUCCAAGAGGCUGAGAAGCAGAACAAGGCCUUAGAGCAAGAGCUGGCUGCCCUGCGUGAGGAGCUGCGUGCCCGCGGGUCUGGCGAUGCCAAAUGCUCCAGUUCCCUGAUUCCCCUCCUGUCCUUCCGGGGCGCCUCAGAGGAUGCAGCCAAGGAUCCUGGCCCCUCAGGAGAGGCCCCAAGGCCUGGGAUGGAGCCUGAGCUGAGGCCUGAGGGCCGCCGCAGCCUACGCGUGGCGGCUGGGUUUCCCCGAGUGCCUGGGUCCCCUGCAGAAGGCACCACUGCCAAGCCCAGCUCACACUCGCUCCGCCCCCGGAGUUUCCCGUCCCCUACCAAGUGUCUCCGCUGUACCUCGCUGAUGCUGGGCCUGGCCCGCCAGGGCUUGGGCUGUGAUGCCUGUGGCUACUUCUGCCACUCAGCCUGUGCCUCCCAGGCUCCCCCCUGCCCCGUGCCCCCUGACCUUCUCCACACAGCCCUGGGAGUACACCCUGACACAGGCAGAGGCACUGCCUACGAGGGCUUCCUGUCGGUGCCCCGGCCCUCGGGCGUGCGGCGUGGCUGGCAGCGGGUGUUUGCCGCGCUCAGCGACUCUCGCCUGCUGCUCUUCGAUGCGCCCGACCCGCGGCUGAGCCCGGCCAGCGGGGCCCUGCUGCAGGCCUUGGAUCUGAGGGACCCCCAGUUCUCAGCCACCCCUGUCCUGGCCUCCGAUGUUAUCCAUGCCCAGUCGCGGGACCUGCCACGCAUCUUUAGGGUGACCGCCUCCCAGCUGGCCGUGCCUCCGACCACAUGCACUGUGCUGCUGCUGGCCGAGAGCGAGGGGGAGCGGGCGCGCUGGCUGCAGGUGCUGGGCGAACUGCAGCAGCUACUGCUGGACACGUGGCCUCGGCCCCGGCCCGUGUACAUCCUCAAGGAGGCCUAUGACAACGGGCUGCCGCUGCUGCCCCAUGCACUGUGCGCCGCGGUCAUCGACCCUGAGCGGCUUGCCCUGGGCACCGAGGAGGGGCUCUUUGUCAUCCAUCUGCACAGUAACGACAUCUUCCAGGUGGGGGACUGCAGGCGGGUGCAGCGGCUGGCCGUGUGUCCCACGGCAGGUCUGCUGGUGGCGCUAUGCGGCCGCGGCCCCAGCGUGCGCCUCUUCUCGCUGGCCGAGCUGGAGAGCGCCGAGGCAGCGGGUACUAAGAUCGUCGAGUCGCGAGGCUGCCAGGCGCUGGCAGCUGGGCGCAUCCUGCAGGCCCGCACGCCCGUCAUCUGCGUGGCCGUGAAACGCCAGGUGCUUUGCUACCAGCUGGGCACCGGCCCAGGGCCCUGGCAGCGGCGCAUCCGCGAGCUGCAGGCGCCUGGCCCAGUCCAGAGUCUGGGGCUGCUGGGCGACCGGCUGUGUGUGGGUGCGGCGGGGGCCUUUGCCCUCUACCCGCUGCUCAACGAGGCCGCGCCCCUGGCGCUGGGGGCCGGCCUGGCGCCCGAGGAACUGCCGCCGGCCCGAGGGGGCCUGGGUGAGGCGCUGGGCGCGGUGGAGCUCAGCCUCAGCGAGAUCCUGCUGCUUUUCACCACGGCUGGCGUCUAUGUGGACAGCACGGGCCGCAAGUCCCGCAGCCACGAGCUGCUGUGGCCUGCGGCACCCACGGGCUGGGGUUACACAGCUCCCUACCUGACAGUGUUCAGCGAGAACUCCCUGGAUGUGUUUGACGUGAGGAGGGCGGAAUGGGUCCAGACGGUGCCACUCAAGAAGGUGCGGGCCCUGAAUCCAGAGGGCAGCCUGUUCCUGUAUGGCACCGAGAAAGUCCGCCUGACCUACCUCAGGAACCCCCUGGCAGAGAAGGAUGAGUUCCACAUCCCGGACCUCACGGACAACAGCCGGCGCCAGCUGUUCCGCUCCAAGAGCAAGCGCCGCUUCUUCUUCCGCGUGUCGGAAGAGCAGAAGCUGCAGCAGCGCAGGGAGAUGCUGAAGGAUCCCUUUGUGCGCUCCAAGUUCAUCUCACCGCCCACCAACUUCAACCACCUGGUGCACGUGGGCCCAACCGAAGGGAAGCCUGGCGCUCGGAACCAGGUAAAGAAGAGCCGUGGUGCUCGAAGCUCCGGCCCGCGGCCGCACAGCUUCUCCGAGGCGUCACGACGCCCAGCAUCUGUGGGCAGUGAGGGCUUCGUGGGAGACGCGGACCCAAAGAAGAGGAAGCCGUGGGCGUCCCUGUCCAGCGAGUCGGUGUCCCUUCUCCAGGGCUCUCUCAGCCCCGGGGUCUCCCUGCUUCAGGUCUCUGAGCGACCCCGGAGCCUCCCCCCAGCUCCUGAGCCCUCCGAAAGCUACCCGUGAAGGCCUCCGGCAGGGCCCACCCAGCCCCAGGACCUGUGGACACUAGGGAGCAAGGACCGGGAAGGGCGCCACCCUCUGGCUAGCCUGUGCUGUGUGGAAGGCAGCCGGACUCGGGAGGACCUGAGAUAGCCGUGGCAGCCAUUAGGCCUGCCCACGGUUCCCUGGACUGGGUACUCCUGCCUCUCGGUCCUCCUCUGACCAGCCCAGCCUGUGCCAGUCCUGGGACUAAGAACGGCCCCCCUCAGCCCUGGGAGCCAGGCCUGAUGGAUUGUGCCAAAGUUCUCACACCCAGUGCCAAGCCCAAAGGAGGCUUGAAGGAGUUGGGAUGAGGGACCGAGAAGGUCCCUGGCAGCAGGUGGCAUCUGCAGUGGCCUGUGAGUCCCCCAGCUGAGGGCAGAUGGGGAACAGGGUGGGGCAGGAGGAAAGACUUC